UAUUUAAAAAUUUUUUGAACUGCAGUGACCGUCAGGAUUUCGCAUAUUUCGUCAUACUUGUCGUUUGCAGACCACAUAAAAAAGUGGGGGCAAGGUCACCUUAGUAAAGCCACAUCCCUGAACUGUCAGUUCAGUCAGUUAGUAGUAUAGCGGAGUACCAGUUGUAACGUUCUCAGUCCAUGUUCGACAGUGUCGAGAAAUAGUAUUGUCAAGGGAAUACAUUGAGAAAAUGGCAACAUUGAAAGAUCAGCUUUUAACUACUGUGUCGGAGCCUGUCUCGACUAGUAGAAAUAAAAUUUCAAUAGUCGGUGUCGGUCAAGUUGGAAUGGCCUGUGCUUUUAGUAUUUUGACAAACCAUGUCUCGAGCGAGGUGGCAUUAAUUGACGUAAUGGCGGACAAAUUAAAAGGAGAGAUGUUGGAUUUGCAACACGGCAGUGCGUUUCUGAAAAACGCAAGAGUUAACGCUAGUACAAACUACGCUGUGACUGCGAAUUCAAGUCUUUGCAUCGUGACGGCUGGCGCUCGUCAGCGCGAAGGUGAAACCAGAUUGAAUCUGGUUCAACGUAACACUGAUAUUUUCAAAGGCAUUAUUCCUAAAUUAGUCAAAUAUAGUCCGAACACGAUACUUCUCAUCGUUUCUAACCCGGUGGAUAUCUUAACAUAUGUGGCAUGGAAACUUUCUGGCUUGCCAAAGAACAGAGUUAUUGGCAGCGGUACGAAUCUGGACUCUGCCCGCUUCCGCUUUUUGUUAUCGCAAAAACUUAAAGUCGCACCUACAUCUUGCCACAGCUGGAUUAUCGGAGAACACGGUGACACUAGCGUGCCUGUGUGGUCUGGAGUUAAUGUUGCCGGAGUACGUUUUCGUGAUUUGAACGAACACGUGGGAACCGAUAAAGACAAAGAACAUUGGGACGAGUUGCAUAAGCUGGUAAUCCAAAGUGCAUAUGAGGUAAUUAAACUUAAAGGAUAUACCUCGUGGGCUAUCGGCCUCAGCGUGUCGCACCUCGCGUCAGCGAUACUGAGAAAUUCCAAUCAAGUGCAUGCUGUAUCCACGCUGGUUACCGGUCAUCACGGAAUUAACGAGGAAGUGUUUUUAUCAUUACCUUGCGCGCUGGGUGAAGAUGGCGUUACUCAUAUCGUUCAGCAGAAGUUAAUGGAUGAUGAAUUAGCAUUGCUGCAUAAAUCGUCAGCAAUGAUGCACGAAGUGCAAAGAGAUCUUAAAUUCUAGGAUUCUAUUAUUUUCAUUUUUACUCUUUAUUUCAUUUCAUUUGCAUGUGUUUUUAGUGCUGCUUCAUAUGUAACUUUAUGUAUCAGAUAAUGCCAGUAUUAUAUGCAAGUUUACUUAAUUUUUACAGAUAAUUCUAGUUUUAAUUGUUUUAAUCUACAUAUAUUCUUUGUGCAGUAUAUGGAAAAGUUAAAAAUGUGAAAUAUUUAUUUUUAGCCAUUGCAAUUUUUAUUUUAUUAGAAAUAUUUCUCAUUUUUAUUAUUUUAAUAUUAUCACGCGAUAUUGCAACUAUAUUAAUCUCGACUUAAUAAAUUGUCAUUUAACUGCCAGUACAUAUAAUUAGCCAUCUUUAAAGUAUCUUUAUAUCAAAAGUGUUAAAUGUAAUUUUGAUAGAACUUGCGCGAGAAAAUAACGAAAAUUCAUAUUUAUUAUAAAACAUCAUGUUUUUAAUUUAUCCAUAUUGCAAUAUUCUGUAUUAAUCGUGCACUUUAUAAGUAGUGUAACUUAUUUUUUGAAGAAUAUUGAAUGUUUCUAUUAACACUUUUGCGUUCACGUAUUUUUACAUUUAUACUUUGAUAUAAGUCAGGAGCCGGUCACGUAAUUUUAUGUUAACUGUUUUUUGCAUUAUUGUAUUAGGUCGUGUAAUAUGUGAAUUAAAUGGAUUUUAUAUCAGUUCAAUAUAAUAGAGCUGCUCCAAGCGUUGAGCAGAGCCGAAUAUAUAACAAUAGUGAAAGUUAAUAAUAUUUAUACAUAUUUAUAUACAUGUUUAUAAAAACACUAUUUAUACAAAACACGUGUUUUACCAUUACAUAAUUCAAGUAAAUAUUUGUGUGUACUUCGCGAUAGACAACCGAUCGAUAAUAAUAAACAAAAUUGUCAACGCAAACGUUGUGAUGACAAUACUAAUCAGUGAUGCAAACUCGAGCCGGCCAGCACCAGGGCUCCUGGUGCGCACACAUACGUGUGACGUAACCAAUUCUCGCUUGUGUGCAUACUUCCCCUACCACGGAGCCCUGGUGCUGGCCGGCUCGAGUUUGCAUCAUUGAUACUAAUCAAUAAUAAACAAAAUCAUCAACGCGUAUUUCAGGACAGAUAAAUCGAUCGAUAACCGUCGGAUGGCAACGAAAAAAGGCUUCAAAAGUCAAUAACA